CCCACCAUAUGGAGAAUGACCCUCUCUAGUCUCAACCAUGUUAGAUGAGAUUUAGUGCGUGGUGUGUGUGAGAGAGGAAGUGGAAGAAGAGAAAGGGAGAAAACGUUACUGUGGGGUCUUAAAUUGAGGUUGCAGUGGCGAUGGCGGCGUUUGCAGGGCUGUGAAUUUAAUGCACACACACAGACAAACUAUUCAAUUUCAUUUCUUCAUCUCAUCGAUAUCAUCCCACUUUCAAUUCUCAUUCCUCAACUUCAACAAAUACUCCACUUACUAGUGCAAGUAGUAUAAUAUUCUAUAUAUAUAGAGAGAGAGUGAGAGAGAAAGAGAUUGUUUUAGAUCAACAACAAUUGCUUUCGAUUCUCAAUCUACAAAACUCGUAAAUUUUGAUAGUGAAAUGAGGUGGUGCUAGGUCACACACAAAAUUAGGGCGGAAUUGGGGGUGAAAACGAGGAGAUCUAGCUACGCUUCAACAAGGGCAAGGGUUUCCGAAUUAUGUGAGCUGCAAAUCAACCAAAACGGCGACGUUUUGUGUAGAAUUAGGGUUUUUUGGGUUGCGAUGAGCGGAAGAGACAUGAUCAACUGUCAAGACUGUGGGAAUCAAGCCAAGAAAGACUGCGAGCACAUGAGGUGUCGCACCUGCUGCAAGAGCCGCGGCUUCCCUUGCCAGACCCACGUCAAGAGCACCUGGGUCCCCGCCGCCCGCCGCCGCGAGAGGCUCCUCUCUCGCGGCGACAACCUCAAGCGCCUCCGGGAGAAUCCAUCCGCCGCCGAAGGGUUUGAGGUGGCGGGGCAGUUUCCACCGGAAGUGAACUCUCCGGCAGUUUUCCGGUGCGUGAGGGUUUGCGCGGUGGACGACGUGGAGGAGACGUUGGCCUAUCAGACGGCGGUGAACAUCGGCGGCCAUGUUUUUAAAGGAAUUCUCUAUGAUCAAGGCCCCGAAGGCCGUUACCACAGCGGUGGAGGAGAAAGCUCCUCGGGGGGUGGAGGGCCGCAGCAGCAGCAUCAUAUGAUCGCUGCUGCGGCCCCACCCCCGACGAGCAACUUGAAUGCCCCGAUGCUCGACCCAUCGAUGUAUUCGAGUGGCUACAUGUCGGGUACGCAAUAUUUCUUGCCACCAAGGCCUUGAGAGAUUUGAGAUGAUUAAUUGACUAUUCUCAUUGAUGAACAUUAAUUUGUGAUUGUUGUAACGUUUAUAAUUCAAUGUCUUCCUAUUUUGACACAAUUUAGGGAAUGAGUUAGGUUAAGAAGAAGAAGAAGGUGUGUUGUUUUGUUAUUAAAGUAUGUCCGAAUUUCUAUUACGAUUCUCUCCAUCUGUUAUACUCCUAUUUAUUUAUUUAUUUA